GACCUCCUGUCCCGAGAUGCGCGACCCGCCAAUGAACAGGGCAGAGUCCUGGUUGUUUGUGUCAAAGAUGCCCGACAUUUUCCCUUUUCAAAAAAUAGUGUCUUGAAGUUGCGAAUGAAGAAGAAAGGAGCGAAUCACAACAACAGCCAGCUGGGCCAAGCGCCGACGAUAUAUUUUUUCGGCAGAACCUACGGUGUUCUCCAAAGGUCCACAACAGCCCGCGGCGCUGCCAGCAGCAGAAUCACCCGAUCUGAUCUGCCGAUCAAAGCCCGUGAGCGGAGCACUGCUCCAGCCACAUGCUGCCGCCGAGAAAGUCACACACAAGCGACAGUGAGCAGCCAGGAGGCCACAUUGUCCAGUCCGGCGCUGGUAGUUGUUGCAUUUGAAAUUAUUGUGAGAAAAAGGUACAAAAGCAAUACCGACUUGGCAUACAGGAAACGUGGUCGCCGUGCAGGAUCAGUGCAGCAGUCCGUCAGCUGCGCUUUUGUUGGUCUGCUUCCAAAGCUAGCAGGCUUUCUGGAGAGAAGGCACUACCGGGGCUGUGCUUGCUUCUCUGCCUCCAAAAGCGCCGCAUCCGGCGGCAAAGUGAUUUGCCUCUUUGAUUUUUAUUCCCUUUGACGACGCACGUACAAAAAA